AAUAAUCAUUCGUUUCAUUUGUUGUCUUCCAAUUCUUUUAAAAUAAUGGAUGACCGAGAAGUCCCCCACUAUUUCAUUUGUCCAAUUUCUCUGCAAAUCAUGAAAGAUCCGGUGAUUGUCGCCACCGGCAUCACCUACGACAGAGAGAGUAUUCAACGGUGGCAGUUCCAUGGAAAAAACAAGAGUUGUCCAGUCACCAAUCAACUGCUACCCAUCGCCUCAGAAUUCACUCCUAACCACAAUCUCCGCCGCCUCAUCGAAGCAUGGUGUGCAUCCGAUCGAGUUGUUCCAGCACCAUCGAAGCAAUCCUCUUUGCAGCUGAAGGUAAUCGCCAUAAACCUCAUCAAGAACCUCAAGCUACAGGAGCUGCAACUUGAAUCACUUAAAACUUUGGAAAGUCUUGUAUCCGAAAAUGAAAAUAAUAGAAUUUGCUUCAAAGAUGUUGGUGUUGUUAGAGCCAUGGUUACCAUCGUUGUUUCCUGUUAUCAGAAUCGCACAACCGUUGGUCUAAAAGAAGCUCUUAACGUUCUCUAUCUUGUUGGAUUUACUGAAGACGAAACACGCUCAGUUCUUGAAGAAUACGAUCGAAUCCUAAAUUCCUUAACAUGGGUAUUGGGUUUUGAUGCUAGUACUUAUAAUGAUACAACAAUGAAACCCCACGCAUUAGUUUUACUAAAAGACCUCAUAAACUACGCAAACUCGCAUGUUCUUGAGAGAUUGAAGCUGGAUUUCUUCAAGACGAUUGUAGUUAUUCUUAGACAACGAGAAAAUAAGAAUCUUGAACAAAGAAUCAAGGAGGGUUUACAUGUGUUGCUUAGCACUUGUACCUGGCCAAGAAACUGCUCAAUGAUGAUUCAAGCAGGAGCUGUUUUUGAGCUUGUGGAGCUCGAGCUUGGGUCGCCAGACAAGGAAACCACCGAGUUGAUUAUGGCAGUGUUGUUUCACUUAUGUUCUUCAGCCGAUGGGAGAGCUCAACUUCUUGGUCAUGCAGCCGGAUUAGCUAUGAUCACAAAAAGAAUGGGGAAGGUUUCUCAUAAGGUUGAUGAGAGAGCCUUGAUGAUUAUUUCAUUGAUAUCCAAAUUUUCUGCGACAGAUGGGGUGCUUCAAGAGAUGAUUAGGGUUGGAACAGUUGAGAAACUAUGUAUGGUGCUACAAGUAAAUGGUCGACAUUCACAUCCAAGGGACAAAGCCAGGGAGAUCCUUAAAAGACACUCAAAUGUGUGGAAAGACUCUCCUUGUUUAGAUAUUACUCUCUUAACAAGGAAUCCCAGAUCAAGACACGGAGGGGCAGGUUUGCGAUUAACAACAGUGAAGAUGAUGAAAAUUGACUGGAACACAAAGAAGUUGACAACAGAGAAUUGAACACUUUUAAUGAGACAUAUGGAAAAAUAUUGUGGAGAAAAGAAAGGAAAGUGGAAUGUGAAAAUGGAAAAAGGCAGUGAUGUGCAAGAUGUGCAAUUUGUAAAAUUAAAUGCCUUAUAUUCUGUUAAGAUUGCCACACAUGAAAUCAACAACCACAAUGAGAGAGUUAUCAAAGAGGCAAUCGAAUUUGGAAAAUUUGAUCAUGCGACUAGAAGAAAGAUGUUAGAGGAAGGUAUCAAUAGAAUGGAUGAAUUAGAAACGGGUAAUAAAUAGAAUUUGAUAGAAGUUUGGAAUUUUAUAAACGUGGUUAUGGUGACUUAACAACAAUUCAUUUUGUAAUAUCUAUCUUAUUUUGAACAAAUUAGACAAAAAAAAUGAUGCCU